AUGGACAAGAAUAUGCCGCCUAGGCAACGUAGGCCCCCACAUAGCUAUAGAGAUGAAGGAUCGGUACAUGGAGGUGGCGGUGAAGCACCCCCACCUCCUCCUCCACCUCCUCCUCUGCCUCCUCCCCUCCAGAUGCCUGACUUUGGGCUAUUUUGGGAAGCUCUUAUGGCUGCUGCACCUAGAGCAGAUGAUGAAGCACAACAGUGGUGGAAAUCUAAGAGACUGCACCUUGUGACAGAACUUGGACAAGGAGUUCCCAUUCCAUGGGGGCGUUUCAAGCGAGAGUUUAAUGAUCGUUUCUUCCCACUUGCUCAAAAGCAACAAUGUGCAAGGGACUUCUUAGAACUCAAACAGGGAUCCAUGUCCGUGGAGCAAUAUUCGGCAGAAUUUCUGAAGCUAUCAAGGUAUGCCCCAUAUCUCAUUCCUGAUGAAGAGACCAAGGUGGAGAAGUUCCGAGGUGGCUUAGUGCCACGACUCCUUGACCGAAUCAUCUUUGUAAAGGUGGCUGAUUAUUCAGAGAUGGUGCAUGUCGCCACCAUGGCAGAAAAGGGGAUCAAGACAGCGGCUGCAGAAUACUUUAGCCGGAAGCGGUCAAUGUCCUCUGGGACUUCCUCUACACCACCGAUCAAGAAGCAAGCUACGAGCAGUAGUUCCGGAUCACAGGGAAGGAAUACCACCUAUGUUAGUCAGGGUAGUGGUAGUCCUCAAAGAUGCAGAAGGUGCGGGAAACCGCAUAUGGGGGAGUGCAGAUUUGGGUUAGGGGUAUGUUACAAGUGUGGCAAGCCUGGCCACUUUGCUAGAGAAUGUACCCAGGCGGAUGGGAACAGAGGACAAGGGUCUCAGGCUAGCGUCAAUCAGCCUAGGCCUGCAGCUCCAGCUCGGGUGUAUGCUAUCACCCUAGAGAAUGUCCUACCCGAGGACAACGCCACUGAUGUAGUCACAGGUACGAUUCCUUUGUUUGGUAGAGUUGCUUGUGCGUUGUUUGACCCGGGUGCUUUGCACUCGUUUAUUUCCUCAUCAUAUGUGAAGUUAUGUAAAGUGAGCACUGAACCAUUAGAGCAUAAUAUAUGUGUGGCCACCCCUGUCGGUGACGUUGUCACUUGUAAGAAGUAUGUGGGCAAUUGUCCUAUUGUUAUCAAAGGGAGAGUUUUAUCGGUGAAAUUAGCGGUGUUUGGCAUGAUGGGCUUCGAUGUCAUUUUGGGAAUGGACUGGCUAUCGAAUGCGAUCUUCUCCGCCACUUCUCUCCGCCGUUCAAGCGAUCAAAAAUGUCAAAGAUGGAGCACAGGCUUACUUGGCGUAUAUACAAGCUAA